UUGAAACAACAACAACAACAACAGCAGCAGUAGCAGUAGCAGCAGCAGCAGCAGUUAUCACUUCAUCACCUGGACGUGUUGUUUCACAUGGCACUAGUAAAUCAUUACCAGAGAAUCUUUUCCGUUCAGUUGAUGAUGAUCCAGAAAUGAUGAUGAAAAAAUCACCAAAACAUUCAAAUAAUAAUGAUGGUGAACGUGUUCGUUUAUCACGCGCUAAAUCAAGUACAAUUGGACGUAGACGUGAUUCAAAUGAUCGUUAUUCUGAUCAUCAUCAAUUAUCACAAAACAAUCAACAAUAUAGACAACAACAUAAACAUUACGAUACAAUUGAUUCAACAAGAACAGCAAGUGAUUUAACACCUGUGCAAGAUAUUUAUAGUUCAGAUCCGUCCACAACAAUUGAUUUAUCCAUUGCAAAUACUGUAAUUGAAAAACAAUUUCAACAAAAAGAUGGUGAUUACGAUGAUGAUGAAAAUAAUGAACGAUCUAUUGAUGAUAAUGAAAGUAAACUUCGUCAAAUAUCACAAGAUAAAACGAAAAGAUUUUCUGCCGAAAUAUUUGAAGAAUUAAAUAUAACACCAGAAAGUUAUGCUAAUGGCAAUCAUCAAACAAUUAAAUCAACAGAUAUCGAUAGUAAUGAUCUAUGGGAAGCGGCAUUAGCUACUGCUGGCCAAACAAAUUCAAAAAUCGAAUGUUUUGAUAAUUCUGUUGUUGCUGCUGCUGCUGCUGAUGCCUUGAAU